ACCUCUAACCUCACUGUUUAAGCUCAUCCAUUUUCUUUAUGGCUUUAAUUCCAUCAGCAGCUUCUUCUUCUUCUUCUACUUCUUCCAAGGGACGGAAAUAUAAUGUUUUUCUCAGUUUUAGAGGGGAGGACACUCGCACAAAAUUUACAGACCAUCUAUAUGCUGGUUUGAUACAGAAAGGAAUAUCAACUUUUAGGGACGAUGAAAAACUGAAGCAAGGAACACUUAUUGCCCCAGAGCUCUUGAAAGCAAUAGAAGAAUCAAGAUUUGCUGUUGUUAUUCUAUCAAGAGACUAUGCUUCUUCAAGGUGGUGCUUGAUUGAACUAACAAAAAUUGUUGAGUGCAUAGAAAAGACGGGGUUGGUAGUUCUACCUAUUUUUCACUAUGUGGAUCCUAGUGAUGUGAGGAAUCAUAAAGGGAUUUUUGCAAAAGCCAUUGCUAAACAUGAAGAGAGUUUCAAAGAUAAUAUAGAAAUUGUACAAACGUGGAAAGCUGCUCUAACAAAGAUUGCCAAUCUUGCUGGAUGGGAUUUAAAGAAUAAGCAUGAAUCAAUAGUUAUCCAAGAAAUCAUUGGACGGAUAUUUAGUGAGUUGUAUAGUAAAUUCUCAAGCGUUUCUGAGGAACUUGUUGGAAUGGACUCCUGCGUGGAGGAAAUGUUGGAUUCAUAUUUAGGCAGAGGGUUGGGUAGUGUUUGCUUUGUUGGGAUCUACGGGAUGGGUGGAAUAGGCAAAACAACUCUUGCACAAGAAAUUUAUAAAAGAAUUUCUGGUAACUUUGAAGCUAGUAGCUUUAUUGCUAAUGUUAGAGAAGAAACCAAAAAUCAAGGUCUAGUUUCUUUACAAAAACAACUUCUUUCUAAGAUCCUCAAGAAAAGUGAAAUAAAUAUAUGGAAUGUUUUUGAGGGAAUCAAUAUUAUACGGAAUACACUAUGUAAUAAAAGGGUUUUUAUUGUUCUUGAUGAUGUGGAUAAAGAAGAACAGUUUGGAGCAUUAGCAGGAAAGCAUGAUUGGUUUGGUUCAGGAAGUAGAAUCAUUGUAACAAGCAGAGAUAGUCAUUUAUUGAUAAGAUGUGGUGUGAGUGAUAUAUAUACAGCUAAGGGGUUGAGUAAUGAUGAUGCUUUGCAACUUUUUAGUUGGAGAGCUUUCCAUAAACCUUAUCCUAAAGGAGAUUAUGUGAAUUUGUCUAAUGACUUUGUGAAUUAUGCUAAAGGCCUUCCUUUAGCUCUUAAAGUUUUAGGUUCAUCGUUGUUUGCUAAAAGAACAAAUGAAUGGAAAAGUGCCCUUGAUAAACUAAAAAAAGAACCUAAUAAAGACAUUUUGGAUAUACUUGAAAUAAGUUUUGAUGGGCUAACAAAUUCACAGAAAGGAUUGUUUUUAGAUAUUGCAUGUUUUUUCAAAGGAGAGAACAAAGAUAGCAUAAGAGAUAUACUGGAAAGCUUUGGCUAUUAUCCAGACUACAAUAUUGGUGUUCUUAUGGACAAAUCUCUCAUAACCAUUGAUAACGAAAGAGCUUUGUGGAUGCAUGAUUUGCUACAAGAUAUGGGUCAAGAAAUCGUUCUUCGUGAAUCUCCUAAAGAGCCUGGUGGACAUAGUAGGUUGUGGAUUUACGAGGAUGUCAUUCAUGUAUUAAAGAAUAAUACUGGAACAGAGGUAGUUGAAGGCAUAAUGCUAAAUAUACCUAUUCAAAAAAAGGAACAAUUAAGUGCUGAAGCUUUCUCAAAGAUGAAGUUUUUGAGAUUGCUUAAAAUUGGUAAUAAGGAACUUCUAAAAAACUUCAUAAAUGGUCCUAUGCAACUACCAGAAGACAUUCUUGGAGGUGUGAUGCAACUUCCACAAGGCCUUAGUUAUCUAUCUAAUGAGUUGUGUGUUCUUGAAUGGAAUGGAUAUCAUUUAAAAUACAUACCAACCAAUUUCCAACCAAACAAACUUGUUGAGUUGAGAAUGCGUUGUAGUGGGAUCAAACAACUAUGGAAAGGAAAUAUGAAUUUAGCUGAGUUAAAACUCAUAGACCUAAGUUGCUCUCGAAACUUGAUUGAGAUCCCGGACCUUAGUGGAGCCCCAAAGCUUAAGCAGUUGAUUCUUCAACAUUGUACAAGACUAUAUAAGAUUCACUCAUCUCUUGGAGAUCUCAAACAACUAAUUCGAUUGGAUCUGAAUGGUUGCAAAUGUCUCGAAAACCUUCCUCACAAGGUCAGCUUGGAAGCACUUGAAAUUUUCAAUCUUGGUGGUUGUUCAAGAUUGAAGAAGUUUCCAAAAAUUGUAGGAAAUAUGUCAUGUUUGUCAAAACUUUGUUUGAGUGAGACUGCUAUAAAUGAACUAACAUUCUCUGCAGAGUAUUUAACUGGCCUUAUUGAAUUGGAUCUAAGAAAUUGCAAAAAUCUUUUUAGUCUUUCGGAUGCCUAUUGCUGUUUAAUAUCUUUGAAGAUUCUCAUUUUAUCUGGUUGUUCAAUUCUUAAAGAACUACCAGAGAAUUUGGGGAAUAUCGAAGGUUUGGAGAAGCUAGACGUGAGUGGAACUGCUCUAACAAGGCUACCUUCGUCUAUUGUUCACUUAAAAAAUCUUAGGGUGCUAUCUCUCCGUGAAUGUGUGGGGCUAUUAUCCAAAUCGUCUAAUAUGCUUCUUAGUUUUCCUUUAAUGCAGCCAAGAAGUAGUCCAGAUCUCAUGGGCAUGUUACAAGGCUUAUGUUCUUUAACCAAUCUGGAUCUAAGCUAUUGCAAUCUUCAGACAAUUCCUAAUGCUCUUGGGUGCUUGUCAUCUUUAGAAUAUUUAAAUCUAGUGGGAAAUAAUUUUGUUUGCCUUCCUGAAAGUAUCAUUCAACUAUCUAAUCUGGAAAGUCUUUGUUUGGAUGGUUGCACUCAACUUCGAAUGUGUCCCAAGCUUCCAUUAAAUAUUAAGUUUAUCAAUGCAAGCGGGUGUACCUCACUAGAAACAUUAUCACUAAGACCAGAACAUGAUUUUGAGCCGAAUCUACAUCUUCAGUAUUGCGACAAAUUGAUUAAGAAUGAAGGCUACAGUGAACUGUUUUCAACAAUGUUGAGACGUUAUAUCAUUAAGGAAUGCUCUCAGCUAAAGCUAAAUCCUUAUAAUAUUGGAGAGGAAUGCUAUCAGCUAAAGCCAAAUCAUUCUAUGAUUUUAGAGGCAUCGAAAUGUGGGGAUUUCGGUGAAUCUGGAAGUGCCUUCACAUUUAUUAUUAUCUAA